AUGGAUCAUCGGAAUGAAGAAUUACAGCAUGGAAAUGAAGAAAAUAUGGAUCGGAUUGAACAUCAACCAUCCAUAAACAAUGAUAUGUCCUUUGUAAUUUCUUCUUCUUCAUCUCCAUCAUCUGAUAACAACGAAAACAAUCAUAAAACAUCGGAAUUAAAUACGGUGGAGUCCAAAACCAUGGAGGACUCUAUCAUGUCUUCACCAUCUAACCCUUUUUCAAUAUCAACGAGUGCUGCAACACCAUCAAAAGAAGAGGAGAAAAAUUCUUCUUCACCAACUUCAACUGCUUCCUCAAACACCCCUCACAACAUGAAUCCUAACAUUGAUCCAAUGUCGAUGACCACACCAAUUUCAGAAAACAAAAACAUGACUCCAAUUUCCAUCGAGUCAGGAUCAAGCGCAAGCACCACUGGAGGCAGACCAAGUUUGGGACCAUUCGAAUUACUCAUGCAACGACUACAAGGCAAUAUUUCUAACGAAACUUUAGGAAAUAGUAUUAAUACUGCAAUACCGAUUGAUGAAAACAGUAAUGAUUUUAAAUUGACAAGAAAAAACCUUAUUCAAAGUAGUAAUAACCAGAAUCAACUAAGCUCCUUUAACUCUCAGCAAUACUGUAUCGACCUUGUGGAUGAUAGCGAGUUAGACCAUUUGAAAUUUUCAAAUUCCUUAACCACUCACAACAACCAACUUGAAGCUGAUAGCAAUGGUAAUAAUAAUUCAUUUUCUUUCGGAUUUUCGAGCUUUCCAAAUAUCAAACUAUUGGACAAUCCCUUGGGAUCUUCAUUUUUCACAAAGAAAGAAGACAAGCCAUCAUCAGGGUCGUUGGAAGUUUUAGACUGUACAAGAUCUAAUGGGAUUAUAAAUUGUUCUCAAGAUGAAUAUGAAUAUGAAUCUGAAAAGGAAGAUUAUGAACUGAAAAACAUGUUGGACACACAAGAUAUUGAAGAUGCCAUUGGAUCACUCAUGGAUGGCAUGUCUGACGAGCAAAAACAAGUCAUGGAGAAGGUGAGACGAGGAGAAUCCGUCAUUGUGACAGGAGUUGCUGGAACUGGCAAGAGCUAUUUGCUUCACAAGAUUGUUGCAAUGUUAAAGAUGCUCGAAAAAAACUUUGCUGCUACUGCUGCUACCGGAAUAGCUGCGGUCAACAUUGGAGGCGUCACACUUCACAGUUUGCUCGGUUUAGAUCCAGACGGAAACUGCAAUGCAAUUUGGGGAAAGAAGAAAGACAUUAAAUCCCUCGAAGUGUUAAUCAUUGAUGAAGUAAGCAUGGUGAGUGCAGAAUUAUUUGAGGUAACAAGCUUUUUACUUUCGUUAGUGCGCUUCUACUCAGACAUCAAACGACAACACAACUUAAGCAAAAAACGAUCGAAACAAAUCAAACAGUCCAUGGAAAGAAUUUAUGAUCAACCCAUUCCAUUCUAUUUAGUAGAACGAUUUACCCUCUUUGGAGGUAAACAACUGAUAUUAUCAGGUGACUUUAUGCAGCUGAAUCCCGUACCAAGAAGGUUCAAUGAUUCAGAGGGUUCCUAUAAUAAUUAUGGAAAAGACAAACAAUUCAUGUUCCAAUCUCCUCUCUUUUACAAAGUUUUUAAACCUGAAAAUAUUAUUCUGUUGAAGCAAAUAUUCAGACAAACUGACCAACCUGAGUUUUUGAAAGUGCUAGGUGAAGUAAGAACUGGAAAUAUAUCUCCAGAGACAAUCGUUUUUCUCAAGAAAUUACAACACAAUAAUUUAACGAGUGUGAAUGGUGUAUUACCUACCAUGCUGUACACCACCAAUAAGGACGUUGAUAAGGAAAAUGAUUAUCAUUUGAACACACUCACCACCGAACCUCAUCACUUUGAUACAGAAACCAUUGAUCUGUUUAGAAAUAUUCCCAAGAAUAUGUACAACCAAAUCAAGAGAAUUUUGGACAACCAAAUUCCUGAAUCAAUUGUUCUAAAAGUUGGAGCUCAAGUCGUAUUGACCAAAAAUAUUGACAAGAGACAUGUCAAUGGAUCAAGAGGAGUUGUUAUUGGAUUCAAAACUUUCGGAAAACUGCAUAUUGAAGAAUGGCAAAAACAUCGAUUUUCUCGUUUCUCUCCUAAAUGGAGAUUCAACAUAACGGUACCACAAGUUCGAUUUAUGGAUAAUUCAACUUCUUACAUUCCACCUUGUGUUUUUCGAAUUCAUGGACCAAAAGUGAAUGGAUCAGAAACAGAAAUGUGGAGAAUUGGAUUUCCAUUCAAAUUAGCAUGGGCGAUCACUGUCCAUAAAAGUCAAGGUAUGACUUUGGAUUUUUGCAAAGUCAAUCUCUCUACCAUAUUUUGCCCUGGUCUUUGUUAUGUAGCAUUGAGCAGAGUGAGAAAAUCUCAAAACUUGCAGAUUGUAGAUAUUAAUUGGAAAAAGCUGAGUUAUGUCAAUGCAGAUUCUAAAAAGUUCUAUCAAGAUUUGAAUGAUAACUGCCUUCCUGCCCACAACAAUAACAAUGGAAUGACGACAAGCUCAAGUAGCAGUUACAAUACUCUCAUUGAUACAUCACCGUUAAGGAAACGUGCGUUUGACGACCAAACACAUCCUUCUUCUCAAAACACCUUAGGUGAUACAUCAAGCUGCAGCAAAAGUGUUGUAUUUGGAUUCAAUUAUGCAACACCUUCUCAAUCACCAAUAUCAUCAUUGCCAAGUCCAACCCAACUUUCUUAUCAGACCCCCUUCAAGAAAGUCAAACAAGAACAACCAUCAGAAUUCAACUCUUCUCAAAACUCUCAACAGUCAACAAAGACAGAACUCAAAUCAGAAACGAUGGUGUUGUGGUAUUGGCAAAAUAACAGUAAUUGGAAAUUGUAUGAUAAUUUAUCUCAACAAAUUGAGGAUGCCUAUCAAGAGUAUAAACAAAGUGGAGGUCAUCCAAAUAAGCAACAAUUCAGCGUGAGUGAUAUGCACAUGAUUGACUUUAAACUAAUGAAACAAAUUAACAAACAAGAAUCAUGGAGGACAAGAAAGGUAAAAAGAGAUGAACAAUUCAUUACCAAAUUAUCAAAGGUUGAACAGUAG